UGACGUCAUUCCACGUCGCCCCGACCUCCGGCUUCCUUGUUGGCCGCCGAGAGUCGCCGUCUCGGGUGGUGCUGCUGCUCCCCCUCCGGGCGCCUCUCUUCCGGUGCCCUUUCUCCCACCCACCCCGGCGCGAGUCCGGCUUCACGAGCGGCGCCGGAUGGAGUUCCCCGACUUGGGUGCUCACUGCUCGGCCCUGUCCUGCAAGCGGCUCGACUUUCUUCCCUUGAAAUGUGAUGCUUGCGGGGAGCUAUUCUGUACCAACCAUGUUGCCUAUGCCCAUCACAACUGCACUUCAGCUUACAAAAAGGAUGUGCAGGUCCCUGUGUGCCCACUCUGCAGCACGCCCAUUCCUGUGAAGCGUGGAGAGAUGCCUGAUAUUGUGGUGGGUGCACACAUAGACCAGGACUGCAAAUCGGACCCAGCACAGCGUAAGCGCAAGAUCUUCACCAACAAGUGUCAGCGGCCUGGCUGCAAGCAGCGGGAGAUGAUGAAGGUUGUUUGUGACCAGUGUCACGGCAACUUCUGCCUCAAGCACCGACACCCACUGGAUCAUGACUGCAGUGGGGCUGGGCACCCGCUCUCCAAGGCAGGGCACGCGGCCAUUGGCAGAGCGCAAAAGUCAACCAAAGCAUCUGCAUGCACUCCGUCCAGCAGUGGGGCCAAGAGGUCUGUUGCAUGUCCACCAACCCCCAGCAGAGCCAGUGAGAUGGUAAGAGCCCCCCAGCCCCAAAGGAUAUCUCCUCCAUCUGUUGCCCUACAGAACGGACUGAGCGAGGAGGAAGCGCUGCAACAAGCCUUGGAGAUGUCUCUGGCAGAGACGGUGUCCACCCAACCACAGUCCCGCAGCACCCAGGAGGAGGAAGAUCUGGCACUGGCUCAGGCCCUAUCAGCUAGCGAGGAGGAAUACCGGCGGCGGCAGCAGCAGCAGCAGGCUCGAAGCUCAAAGCCGUCCAACUGCUGCCUCUCCUGAGUGCAAAGAGUGCCGGUCAGCAUGAGAACUCCUCCUCGCCACGAUGGUUCUUCUUCUAUACUUCCAGGGGUCAUUGUCUCCUGCUGCUCCCUCAGGGCUACUAACAACUGACCAAAGGCUGCACCUCUGCCCUCCUAGAGCAUCUUUAGCCACACAGUGGUUGUCCUGUUGCACUGUGACCAUGUUAAGCCUUCAGGGGCAGGGGGCUGCAGCGUUUCUGGCCCUGGAUGGAGGAGGGAAUGGUAACGUUGGAACAGCAGCCCCUCCACCACAGGGGGUAGGUCACAGCAGGGGAAAAGGAUGGCCUGGCAGGUAUCAUUGGCAUUGGUGGAGUUAGACCUCAGACUUUUAUUGAGUUUGGGAGGUCUGAGGAGUUUGGAGGAGCCUUACUCGUGGUUGGUCUCUUUCCUUUGUGGUAGUCCUGUGGUUGGACAGCAGGUGGUGCUAAAUGCUUUGACAGUGAGGGGUUCCCACUUCAUUAUUGGUGCUGUUGUUGUACCGAUUUCCUGACACUUGCACACUUAGCCGUUCCAGCAGCAGGAGUGUUCAGAUAAUGGGAAGCACCAUGCAGCGUGACACCCUGAUUGGUCCGUGCAACCCUUUCCCUGCUGGCAGAUGAUGGUGUGUCCUCCCUUUACUGUGGCUGCCGGCCCAUUGCCAUGACUGCAGUGCUCAGCCUCUUCUUGCAAAAUCUGCCAAAGAUCAGCCUCGCAGUGGCUAGCUGGUAGCCUUGUAGUGGUAGGGGCAGGGGACUGUUCGCUUUCAGUAGGCGACUUCUUUACAUUGCAUAUUGCACAGCUGGCUGGCCCCAGGUGUGGUGCCCAUACCUCAAUGACUGUUUGCAUGCCUGGCUGCCUGCUUGUCUCUGUCUGACACAUGCUUUCACAGCCCUAUACCUCCAGUUCUAUUGCCCUGUAGCACUGACCAGAGUCUCUCUCCCACUGCGGUCUGCAGGGGCACCUCACCAUCCAGUGCUCCGUGCCUUUGCUGGACUGCUUAGGGAUUGGACCAAGGAAAAGGGCAUUGUAGAAAAGCUGGUGGAAGUCAAUAAACUUGCACACACAAGUAGUUCUCUUUCUCAUCAUCUUUGCCGUUCAAGACCAUCCAUCCUUGACUGUGGUGGGAUGGGAAUACACGGGCAGGGGUUUCUCUGGCACACAAAUCAGCAGUUGAUAUGGGGUUGUUUCCUGUAGAGUAAUAUUUCCCUAUGUUGCUCAGAUGUAACUUGACCUAGGGUGGAAGGAUUUAAAUCAGUGCAGUUGUCAAGUUUCUUGUUUUGGAAUUUUUGGUGUGUGUUUUUUUUCCUGAAUCCACCACAAAUAACAGACAACAAUAAAGAA